AUGUGCCGGGAUUGGAAGCAAGACUUCAACUUGUGCUCGGAAGCAUCUGAAUUGGAUGUGGCAGCGUUGAGGGAUCUCAUCGCCAAGCUUGAGCAGAGCAGGCGACGAAAUGAGCUCCGUGCGAAAGAGAGGGAGGAGGAGCUGCAGCAAGAGGUAUCCAGGCUGCAGUCCGAGAACAGCAUCCUCGCUGAGAGAGCGCGAGGCGCCGGCGAGGAGCACCUCGAAGCCGGAUUGGAGAGGCCCCUGCGCCUGGCCGAAGCCCAGCUGCGACUCGAAGAGGAGAACAGGCGGCUCGCCGAAGAGCGAAGCCAGCUGCUGCUCGAGGUCUCUCGAACCUCACGAGACAAUCGACGCCUGGCUCUCCGUGAGGCGCAGGCGCGGGCGGAGCUGGACGCGUUCCUUUCCGCCGCAGCGCGAUGCGAAGUAGCGGUCCAGACCGACCAUGAGUCCGCUGUGGGCUUCGGUCCGGCACCACUCUCGAAGACUGCGGUUCCUAGCCGCCAGAGACCAUGCCACGCAAACCCAGUCGAGACAGAUGGGCCUAAAUCCCGAGCUCGGACGAGACUUGAAUGCGCAGAGGGGCGAGCCUCCGCUUCCCCCGAGAGUUUCGGCACCAGCGCUGGUGCAAAGUCCGACAUGGCGAAGCUAUGCGCUGAAACGGCUGCUUGCAGAGAGCAGUGCGAAAGAACGACAGAGAGGGCACACGAGCAUCGUGAGCGACUGCAUGCCACAAGUCAGAAGCUUGCGGCGCAGGACAUUCCGGGCAUGGUGGACCAGCCGCCCCGUGGCAAAGGUGAGCCAGGCGUCUUCCAGCCCAAUGGCCCGGGACAGGCAGCAUCGAAGGCCAGGCUGCUUCUGUCGCCAAACACGCCGGGCAGGCCAGAUCUGUCACCGACUAGAUCAGAUGCCGGGGCCAGCUCGCCUCGCUUGGAGGAAGCGCGGACGUUGCUCUCCAACAUACGCCCAGGCGGCGCUGUGCUGGAGACUGCGAACAAGGAUCGGGGUCGUCCAUCCCGGAAAGUCCAAUUUGGUGCAGCCAUCAAGGAGAAAUCUCCGUCACCUCGACCAUCCCCACGCGAGCGGAGAUCUGAGAGGAAACCUGUCGUAGUUCAGCAGCCGCAGCUUCACCUGGCCCCGGGCAAUUCACAUGUGGAGGCUCCCAUCCGAACCUCAGCCUAUCCUGCGCCGCAGAAACUGCCGGAGAAGGCAGGCAAAGCGCCUCCAGCGGCACCGGCACGUCAACCUUGCAGAGAGCAGGGAGGCGACGAUGAGUCCGAGGCCUCGACCCCUCGGCAAGGUGCCAGCGAGUCCCUGGAUGGGGUGCUGACCCUUUUGGGUGCCAGCCUUGACCUUUGCCCUUAUGACGAAGAGGAGCCAGGUGAGCAGGCUUCUACAGCAGAUGGCCAGAACCGGCAGAACGCCAGGGUGCAAAUUUCCGCAGAGAGUCCGUUCAGCCACCAGAGCAUCGGCACUCCUUGCAGUGUGGACAGUUCGAACAGUUCCUCCAGCAAGAACCGCUUUUCUCACAAGCGCUGUCGCACAUAUCCGGCCGCUCAGAGUGAACCCGAGGAGGUUUCCCCUACGUCCAAGGGCACAGCCGAUUCACCAGGCUCGGAUUUCGCAGAAGGCAGGUCGCAUCGAGGCUUCUUCCGUGGACCCCAUGGGCAAGGUCGCAUCUUGACGGCUUCUCUUCCACCCGGUCGAGAGAGGUCUCGACGGCUGGAUGGUCGAGAGUUCGACGUCAUGGGCACUUUGAGCCUGUUCACCCCGCAGCCAACUGGCACAACAUUGGCCACUCCUGUCGAGGACAGCACAGCAAGCGCUGAGAAAUGCGACAAUCUGUUCGAGGCUUUCUUGGUUAUUGAUGUCGCAGACACAGAUGAGUCUCAGAAGCAGCCAUCGAACAGGGCAAAAAGCCGGCGCAAGACGCGCUUGGCUUCACUUGUCCCAGGACUUGAGAAGAGUGAUGUUCGGAUGAGGUGGCCGAGAGAGUCUGGUGCUUUGGAGAGCUUUCUGGUAGAAAAGGGCUUCUGCCCAGGUCCACUGGACUACCGCUUCAAUGGACAAGCUUUCGUGUUGACGGUGCUGGCACAAGUGCUGAACCCGAAGGCGCAUCCGAGCGAUCUGCUGUUCUGUUGCGUGUGCAGCGAGGACCUGAGAAGUUCGGCCCUGCCAGCAGAUCACCGGCUGCUUGAGAGGGAUGCGGAGGAGCAAGAAGUAUCUCGCAGCCAAGCGCAGAGAGACGACGACGAUAAUAUGAUGCAGCAUAUCCCAGACGGAGGUGUCCUUUGUUUAGUCUCCAAAAUACCCUUCUUUGACUUCAGCUUCACUUUGCUCGAGAUCUUCCGGCAGAAUCUUCAGCAGGCUCCCGCCAUCCUCGAGCGCCUGAAUCGGGCCGGGAUGGAGCGCCUGGCCCUGCGCGGAGUCGAUGUGUCCGACCUCCUGCAGACUCCGCGUGUCCUUUGCCUCUCCAAGAUGUCCCAGCAGAUGCCGCAGAAGUUGUUGUCUCCAGGCUGUGAGUGGUCUCACUUCAAGAACCUGAGCAAUGCAGAGACCUGCAGCCCUCUGGCCCAUACCUUCGGGAGGUGGACGGUUUGGUGGGGCCUCUUCACGCUGCUCACGCGCUGGGGCGAGAAGCUCCUGGAGGUGGUCUUGAAGCUGCUGCCCUGCGUGCUUCUCGAGCAGCAGGUGUUGCUGGUCGGUGAUGCACAGCGAGCUUGUGUGGUGGCUCUUCUUCUGCGCGGCUUGCUGUGGCCCUUUCGCUGGCAGCACCCCUUCGUCUGUGCUCCGCUUCCGCCGGAAGCACUCCGAGAGCUGCCGCUUUUGGAAGCCACGAUGCCGAUGAUUAUGGCUUUCGGGGAGAUGCCAAUGCUGAGCCACUUCUGGGGCUACGACACGGUGUAUCGGCUACCCCCAAGCAUCGUGGCGGGCGUUCUGCGCAACGAAUGGGUCUACAUCAGCGAAAAGCUGGAGACUGUCGGUGGCCUGUCAGGCAGCAGCAUCAAACUUCCAAGCUUUGUGCAGACCGCAUUGCGGAAUGAAAUAAAGGAGGCCAGACGAAGCUUCCGCCAGUCUUCACAGAAGCUCCAGGCAUUGCUGGAGAUCGUUCCGAAGGUUCACGAGGCAGUGGAGGUGGCCAUGCAAAAGCUGGCUGAUUUGGUGAAGAGUUAUGCCAAGAGUCAGGUGGAAGAGCUGCAGAACGAGGUGGGCUCCUCCACCCAGAGCCUUUGCGAGAAAUGUUACCAGAGGGCACUCAAGGUCGAAAGGUUUGUGCAGUGGCUAUGGGCCAACGAAGAAGCUUACGGAUGCCCGGAACCCGUGGGAUUCUACACGACUUUCUUGCAGACUCAGUGCUUCAUGAGUUUGCUGUUCGAGGAAAUCUCAGCCGAAGUUGGCUCCGGAGAAGGGGAAGGCCGUUGA